UUUUUUUCUGCCUUUCUGUGCAUUCCUGUCCUGUUUAUAGCUGGGACGUUUUUAUUUGUAGUGUCUGUGGUUCUUAGGAUAUUAGAAAAAACAUGCUGAAGAUUCACCAUAAGGCAUGGCUAUUUUUGUUAGAAGCUGAUACUUUAAACUAAGCUUUAAGUGUUGCCUUUGGAAGUCCUUAGUUUGCUCCGAGAAGGCAGGAGUCUAAAGGGGAGACAGAAAGUUUGGAGGGGCACAAAGAAGAAGGAACAGAAUUAGAAAAAGCAGUGGACCUUCCUCCUCCUCAUUCUGCAGUUCCUGCAAGAGUCAGCAACAGUUAUAUAAGCUUCCACAGUACAUCUUGACCUUUUAAACAGAGUAUCUCUUACCAUCAUCAUCAUGGCCGAGAUUACAGCAGAAGGACAUAUGUCUACAACCACGACAAUAAUAGAUGGUAAGAACGAAUCUGUUCCUUCAUCAUCCAUGAAAGUGGGCAAAAAAUCUGUUACGGAGGACCUUGUGACAACGUUCAGCUCACCAGCAGUAUGGAUUCUUGUCGUUGCUCUGAUUGUUACCUGGUCAGCAGUAGCUAUUGUAAUGUUUGACUUGGUGGAUUACAAAGCCUUUGCAGCCACCUAUUCACAACAUUGUGAUGAUCCCUGUUUACCACCUGGAAGAUCUGUUCACAAGCUCAGCACAGAACCACUGAGAAUCAUUCAUGAGACAUUGGAAGAAUCCACUGAUUGGCUUUAUGGCUUUUUUUCUUUACUGUCUGACAUCGUAUGGAGUGAUGAUGAUGACAGUGAUGAAGGUGAAGUGGAACCUUCCCUGACAAAAGAAAUUCCCAAACAGAAGCUGGAGAGAUAUGAAAAGCAAACACCAACAAAAGUGACACAUAAAGACAAACUGGAAAGACAAGACAAACAUGGAAAAAAGGAAAAGCAUGCAGCUAUUCAGAGAGAGAAACCUGAAAAGCCAGAAAAACAUGAAAAGAAAGCACCUUCUAAAGUAAUUCAAAAAGACAAACCUGAAAGACAUGAAAAGGCUGAAAAGAAACCUCCUCCCAAAGAGGAGAAGAAAGUAAAGAGCACUAAAGUGGAAUCAAAAGUUAAAAAGGACUUGAAGGAUGGAAAAGCAGAAGCAAAGAUGACUGAGAAAGUCAAGCAGGCAGAGACUAAAACAACAGAAGUUGGGCUAAUAAAGGCCAAACCGAAGGUUAAGGAGGAGAAAGCUCUUCAGACUGUAACUAAAUCUGAAAAGAAAGAUCAAUAUGCGUUCUGUCGCUAUGUGAUUGACAUGUUUGCGCAAGGGGAUUUUUAUCCAGGACAUAAGGAAAUGGUACCACCUCGUCUUCUUCUAGAACAUAGUCCAAGAAAGAAAACAGCAAUUAUUGAAGGCAAGUUUGAGUUUUUUUCUUCUUUAUUGGCUUUUGGUCAUUAA